UCCCACAGCACUCUCGGGAAAGGAGUUGCGGUUCGGGUCGCCAGGCUUUGGAAUCAGUCCGAAGAACUACCUAGCCGAAUGAACCUGAGAGGUGAAGGAACAGAGGGGCGAGCUGUUAGUGAAUGUGACGUUUUAGGGGAAUUUGGUGUGUUUUGAUUACAACCGCACGCGGAACGUGUAGUAUAGUGAGUUUAAUACUGCUGGCUGCAAACAGUUUAUUAAGAGUGGAUUGCGACCCAAAAAGGACUGCCGUGCAGGUAAUUCUUGAAAACAAGCAGGCUGUGCCAACUUCAUGAGGCGUUCAGGGCUCAAACACAGUGAUGUGAUAUUGUCAUGCGGCACUCUCUUGCCAUGACGAUUGGAGUUCUCUCAAAAUCUCUUCUAAUUGCUUGCUGCCUGAUGGGCAUCUUCUGCAACCCGACAGUCCCCCUUCCGUUGAGCCAAGAGAGGCUGGAGCGUGCCUUGACACAAAGCAAAGACGACCAAGUGUCCAAAAGCGGCCUGAGCCAGGCCACGCAGGACCAACUCAAAGAGAUCACCAGAAUUGGCAGAGAGGAGGCUGCAAAGAAUGGGAAAAAUAAUAGGAACAAAACCAGCUGGGUUAAACAGAGGCCAGGCUGGAGUAGUCAGGACCUGAGGGUCAAGAGCGAGACACCCCCAGGGGACCGGGUACAACGAGAUGAAGAGGCACCAGAGCAGAUAGAUGAGGGGCCCACCCCCGGGGCCAGUUUCACUCCUGACACCCUGGAUGAGUAUGCCUACCCAGACUACCGUGGGAAGGGCUGUUUGGAUGAGAGCGGCUUUGUGUUUGCCAUUGGGGAGAAGUUCACACCGGGGCCUUCUACCUGUCCUUGUCUUUGUACUGAGGAAGGGCCCCUCUGUGCCAAACCGGAGUGCCCAAAGAUCCACCCUCGCUGCGUCCGUGUGGAUACCAGUCAGUGCUGUCCACAGUGUAAGGAGAGGAAAGAUUUCUGUGAAUUCAGGGGCAAGACCUACAAGUCUCUCGAGGAGUUUAAGGUUUCUCCGUGUGAACAGUGCCGCUGUGAGUCCAGCGGGGAUGUGCUGUGCACACUCGCAGCGUGCCCACAGACUGAAUGUGUUGAUCCAGAAUACGAGCCUGACCGAUGCUGCCCUAUGUGCAAAAACGGGCCAAACUGCUUUGCAGAUAACGCAGUAAUACCAGCCGGCCGGGAAGUGAAGAUUGACGGUUGCACAAUAUGCUACUGCACGUACGAAGAAGGCACUUGGAGGCUUGAACCACAAGCCACUUGCAGCAAACUCGAAUGCAAGCUAAGCUAGAUAUCAUCUUCAGAUACAGAACACAGCAGGGGUAGUGGCGUCAUUAUCCAAAUGUAUGCCCAGCCACGGUCUGACCCAUCUGUAAGAGUUUGAUGGCCUGACAUGUAGCAACAGCAAUGCCUGGUGAGCUAAUAAUGUUCACCUUAAAAUUGUAAUUUCUAUUCAUUUUUAAAUCCCAUGUAAGGGAUUAUAAUGGACUGUUAGAGGCGGUAUAAACCUAUUUUAAUUUGCUGUGAAGUUAGGGAAUGUUAAAAAAGAAAAAAAAAACACCCUUUAGAAUGUAAAGAAUGAAUGGCUUUUACAAAAUUACCAAACCGUUCCCUUGAAUUGGCACCACAUAUUAUAUUUAGAAUCAGUCAGCUAGAUUCUCAAAGCUAUUUACUCAUAAUUAUUACUUGCACAAUUAUUUCAUCAAGGAAAUAAGUGAAUGAAAUAACUCAGACAUUUAAUGUAGUUGUUUCUUACUUGUUUUACAGUAGCAUUUCAAUUGGUGUUUUUCCUUCAGAAAAAUAAUUGUGCUUAUGAUGAGUUGGAGAAUCUAGCCCAGUUUGUGUAGCUGUCAGACUGAAUUUCAGCCACCAUAAGUAUUUAGUACAAGUAUACACAAAAAGGUCUGCUUGACUAUUAGGGGUGUGCAGUAGUUUGUACUACAUCACUUCAUAUUUUAAGGUUGUAUUGUUUUUACUUUUCAGUGUUGUAAUUACACUGUUCAU